AUGGCUCGCCUAGGAGAUAUCCUCACCUCAAUCGAGGCGCUGUGUGAUACAAUGAAUAAUCUAGAAUUCGAACCUCCGGGCAUUUUUACGAAUGCUAUCAUUAACAAACCCGAUGUGACAUCCCUAAUACGCGACCCUUCAGAAGCUGAAUCGAGUCUCUAUAAAAUUAAUAAAGGUUCUGGUUUGGGGAGCCUGAUGCUACGGCUGAAGGAUGGCCAAGGUAAUGGAGAAAAGCUUACCUUUUUACAACCUCAACGAAUCGACGGAAAACGUGUUUUUGAAGAGGUUGAAGGUGAAACGUCCGGUCCUGUAGUUAGCGUGCCACGGUUGGUGAAUGUUCCCGACGACGACAAGAAAGAGAAUAUCGAGGCGAUGUCAUCACCAACAAAAAAGCGUUUCAUGAGCCAGUAUAAGCUCAUUUCGGCUGAUGUGUUGGAGUCCGAGGAUUUUGAGCUAAUAUAUGAUACUGCGAACGACGUGAUACUGCGAUAUCCAAACAUUGUCAAUGAUUCAAACAUCAAGGAAACGAUCAAAAACAUAAGGCUUGCAUACGACGAGCUUCUUGGAGAGACUGAGUCUCUUGAGAAGGCAGUGAAGCAGCAAAAGGAACAACUUGGUGCGCAAGGCGACAGCAUCUAUGAACUUGAGUCUCCCGGUAGAAACGUUGAUGAGCUUAUCAGAGGGGAAGAGGAACUUAUCGAAGGUCUUGAAAAGGAGCUUGAGGCUGCCAGAACUUGA